AUGUACUUCACCAAGCUCAUUGCCGUUUCCAUGGCCCUUGUCGCCUUUGGCGCUGCCGCCCCCUCCUCCGAGCAGGGCAAAGAGAAGCGAACCGUUUCAACCGGUGAAUGCAACGGGACUUCCUGCCGGUUUGGCCUCGCUAAUAUGCCGUGCAAUGUUGGAUCUUGCGUCGGUACUGGGGGUGGAGACGGUGCGAAAUGCGGAGACGUCAACGGCAACAUCCUGUGCCCUGGAUGCUCGGGGACCUACGGAUGUGACUUGGUCACGGACGAGUAA